CGGUCACGUCAUUUUUACCUAUAAAUUAAAUAUUAACAAUUUAAUACUAUCACUAUUAUAAAUUUAUUAUUACGUAAAAUGUUGGUCGGCUAUACACCAUAAUUUUCGCAUCGUAUUGCGAAGAAAAAAAGUGUUGAGAGAAAUUGUUUUUUUUUUCUUCGAUUAUAAAGUAAAAUAAAUUUAUUAAAACGGCUUCUUUACAAGUGAAAAAAGUAACAAAACCAAUGCAUUUAGCGGCGCAUGCCGUUUUUACUCCGAGUGUAAGAUUGAAUUCAACAGAAUCAGAGGACCACUUUAAAGGAUACAUCUCUAUAUCUCAGCCUGCACCUCCCGAUAUUCUUAAUACGCGAUGUCGUUACCAAGAGAAUUUAUAUUUAAAAAGGAGUUAUCAAGACUCGAAGACCAGGUCCUCGGCACCUCCGCUCCACCGACGUCUACCGCACCUUUGUCUUGCUCCAUCGACUUACCAGCUACCGACACUAUUGGCGAGGCCAGCCUGUCGCCGGACAAUGCAGGCUCGUUGUUAUCAAUACAGUCAGCACCUCCAGAACAAAGGACGAUGCCUCCGGAGCAAAGGGAACGGCCAGCGAGCCUCCUGCUUGAGUUACCACUAGCCACGCAAGUUGGUGCGUAUCUGUCUGCGAUGUCGCCGACGGAGCAGGAAGAGGACUCCCUGCUGACGUUAUCGUCGGUGACCGCACGGCCGUUGCUCGCCGCCUCUAGGAACCUGCGCCCAAGACCUGACUCUACUGAUAUACCAUGUCCUCCGGACGGUGGGUACGGUUGGGUGGUUGUGUUUGGUGCAUUCAUGGUUCAAUUCUGGGUGGCCGGUCUAUUCAAGUCAUAUGGAGUGCUGUAUGUUGAGAUAAUGGAAACAUUCCCUGAUUCAUCGGAGUCUGUUGCCUCGUGGAUACCAGCUGCGCUGUCUACAUUGUGUCUUGCACUUGCUCCGUUAUCUUCAGCGUUAUGUGAGAAAUACUCGUGUCGUCUGGUCGUGUUCAUUGGUGGACUGUUCUGUGCUACUGGACUAGCACUGUCCUUCUUCAGCACUGGAUUAUUACAUUUAUUGCUAAGCUUCGGUGUUAUGACUGGUAUCGGGGGUGGAUUAUCAACAACUCCUGGGAUCGUUAUUGUCUCGCAAUAUUUUGAUAAACAUAGAGCGUUGGCGAAUGGUAUUUGCGUGAGCGGGACGGCUGCUGGGAGUUUUGUUUUUCCAAUGUUAAUAGAAAAGUUGGUUGAUACAUACGGACUACAUGGGACUGUGCUGUUACUCGGCGGCGGCAUGCUGCAUGUGUGCGUGUCGGCGACGCUGUACCGCGCCCCGCCCACACCCCGCCCCGUCACACCCGUCACCACCACCACCACGGAGAAUACCACCCUUUUACAUGAUAUACAAGAAGGUAAAGCUGAUUUGAAUAAAGACAACAAAUUAGUGAACCUCUUCCAGACGGACCCAGAAUUGGCUUUGAAUCAGAAGAACGCAUUACUAAGUGAUGACAAGAGAACUAAUUUGCUUACAGAAAUUAUACAUCCAAGUCUUAUUGAGGUUGCUCGACCUCCUUUACCAUCUCAGCUCUCGGAUUCAGAAGAUUCUGAAGGUUUGGAUGUAUUGGGUGUAGUAGGUCUACCACGAGAAGUAGCUCGUCUUCGUCUCAGACCAACCAGGUCAUCAUCCAUCCUGCAUUCAGUUGAAGAUCUGUCUACAGAUAGUACAUGUGUCUACAAGGCAAGUCGAAGAAAGCUCAGUAGAUCCUUAUACAUUCGGCCACCGUUACCAAGUCGCCUGAUCCAGAACCAACUAUCAGAGCCGGUGAUUGAUACGAAGAAAGAGGAAGUAAGGAAAGAAGAGAAUACAGAAGUAGAAGAUAAGAAACAUGGAUGUAUUGAUAAGAUUUCAAGAUAUCUGGACGUGUCACUCCUCAAAUCGUGGAGAUUUGGUCUGCUAUGUGCAUCCGUAGCACUGAUGUCUUGUGGUUCUCCAUACGCCCUUUACUAUCUGCCCGCGUAUACUGUUGCAGCUGGACAUAGCAAAUCUGCCGCUGGUCGUCUAGUAGCAAUCAGUGCAGUACUAGAUUUAUGCGGACGUCUAGGUCUUGGUUGGUUAUGUGACCUGCAUCUGUUCUGCAGAAGAAAGGCGUAUAUUCUCAGUAUUCUGGUUGCGGGAGCUGCUGUAUUAACUCUGCCAAGUUUGUCAUCAUGGUGGGCGCUGGCGAUUGCUUCAGGUGCAUAUGGUCUAUGUCUGGGAUGUUGGUUUCUACUUGUCCCAGUUCUGUUAGCGGAUGCAUUUGGGACAGCACGUAUCGCCUCAUCUUACGGCCUUGUUAGAAUGUUCCAGAGUUUAGCCGCAGUUUCCGUACCACCAACUGCUGGUAUGGUUCGUGAUAUAACAGGUGGGUAUUCUUGGUGUUUCUACGGCAUGGGUUCCUGUAUGGUGUUGGGUUCGAUUCCUGUUAUUGCAUUUCAUAUCACUACUAAAAAUGAAGACAAUGAUUCGACUGUAGAUUGAUUGAUCGCCUAUUUAUUGUGUAUUUCAGUCAGUUUAUAAUCUCACUAAUCAUAUUGUAUAGAUAAAUUACAAGGAAAUCAUCAAGUUAAAGUAACUUGAAUUAUAAUCGUAAACUCUUUCCUCUCGUCAGUUUAUAAUCUAACUAGUCAUAUUAUGAACUGACG